UUGGGUGAGACGAGACGUGAGAAAUUAAGAGAGAGAGAGAAAGAUGGACUAUAGCCUAGCCGCGCUGAAGCUGUUGUGCGCUCAGCUGAAGGACGCGACGGAAACGACGUCGCAAAACGCCAUGACUCUUGGUGGCAUCCUCUUCCAACGUGCUUGGUUACAGGGCGUUCUGAUAUCGGCCCCCGACAAAAACGACGACAUAGAAGCACCAUUGCUUCUAGAUGACGGCACUGGCGUCGUCAAGCUCUCCCUCUCCUCCGCUGACUUCCGUCUGCGCCCUUGGAAGACCGGGAUGUAUGUGAUGGUUAUUGGAGGAUACAGUGUAGGUGUAGUUGAGCCCCCAAUAAUCAAGGUUCACAAGAUUGUAGAUCUUUCAGAGAUCCCGAAUCGAGAGGCGAUGUGGUAUCUUGAAGUUAUGGAGGCAUACAAACUAUUCUACGGCCCCCUAAUUGAAGAACUUAUGUGAUUCUGUCAUACCAAUCUCUCAGAGAGAGCAAGACUUUCAACCAAGAUUGAUGCUUUUCGGCAAAUCACUAAGAAGUCAUCAUAAAUGAGGAUUGUGAAACAUUUGGGAUAUUUCACUUCAUUUAUAAUUUGACAUGUAGAAUUCUCUUAACUCUCAAAGGCCAAAGUUUUGUCAGUUUUCAAGAGUUCCAAUACAAAUUUAUAGUCUCUAUUACAAUGAAACGGCAAACAUGAGAGACUUGAUUCUCACUCAUUUCCUUUUUACAAUGUUCUGAUGUUCAGUGGUCUGCCAACAAGAAAGUGCCAAAAGUGCAGAGUCGAUUCAAGGCACAAAA